UUGCCGCAUAGGACGAAGCCGUGAAGAAGCGGUGAAGCAGGCUGCUACUGGAGUGGGCUGCUAUUGCGGCAGAGCAAGCAGCAGCGAGGAGCGCCACAGCGGGCGGACGGAGGAGCGCCUGCUGCCCCGUGUCAACGAAACCAGCGACCACAGAGUGGUAAUAGUUGUGCAGAGGGGUGCUGUGACUACUGCACUCCAAGUUAUUGUUCUAAGUGUGUCUGUGUGUAUUGUCGAAGUGACGACGGACGCGCGAAGAGGACCAACGCCGUUGUCGCAGCCGUUGUAGCGGCCGUGACGGGCAUCGGCAAAGCGACGGCAACAAACGUAACACUGCUACAUCACGCGUUUGGACGCGAGUUCGCAAACUCGUGAAAGAGUGUACGAGGCUCGGGCUGCGCGGAGACCCCUUGGCGAUCCUCUGCAGUGGGUAUAUGUGACCCCCGAUGACCCUAACACCACGAGAAUUACUAGUAGCAGCAGAGGUGGCCGUAUCAAUCGAAGACGAAGAAGAAACGGCAAGCGUAGUUACGGUAGCAGAACGACAAUGGCGCACUGUGCUGCCCCUAUUUGCCUCGUCUUGUGCGCGAUAAGCUGAACGCCGUCCAUGGGCCCGGGUUGAAGGGUUGGAGCCGUAAAGCGCCCGCCUACUGCUUGCUUUACGGAUCGCUAUCCGGCAGCGCUGCUCAACAUUUCUCCAUCAUUAUCAUCAUCGCCAUCAAAACAUGCUCAUACAAACACAUACAACAAUCGCAUCAUCUCUUCCAGGACGUCUUUUCCAGAUCGUUCGCUUGAGUCGUGUUGAUCAUCGGACGAGCAGCAUGAAGCUGGAUGGAACCUGAGCUUGCCUAGCUAUCUCGGCUCUAACAGAUCAUCCCUCUCGCAACAGGGAGCAAAAAGGCUCGAUCCUGCUCUUUACACUAUGCCUUUUGGUAUUAUAGGAAAUAAUAUUGUAGUACAACAAGUGACUGAUGACAAUUUCCACCACAUCUAACCGGAGUGCGUACUUACUUCUACUACUGCUACUUCGGCGACGACGCACAACGCAUAUCUUAGGCGAGCUUCACUCCGACGGCCACAGCGUAAUGAGUAGAGAGAGCAUAUAUAUUGAUCAUUGUGCGAACAAUCGCGCAUGUCUGUGUUGUGGUCUGUUGGGUCCAGCUUAGUCCAACGACUAUGGCGAAUUCUAUAGGGCAGCAAGCGAUCCGUUUAAACCACACCAAGGCGUGGAUCGUUGGGGGGUGCUCCUUGCGCAGUCCUGCAUCACAACGUUAGCCUCUAUUUCAGUCAAUCAAUCAGUGAAUCAGUGAGAAGUCAGUCAGUCCAACCGUCUCUGUAUACCUUUUGUAUACAGCGAGACAAAGCAACGAUAGGCUUGCGGCCAAAUGAACGAUCGAGGGGAAUAGCGUAGCUGGUUCAGGGGAGCAGCCGCGGCCUCGUCUCUCGGAGCCGCCUCAUUUGCGGCAGCGGAACGUGAGCCAAUGACUUCAAACAAACAGAGUAACACAUGACACUCUACCAUACAUCGAAAAUCAACACAGUCUCUAUACCAGCCCCUUUAGUGAUGCGGUGUCAGGCAAAAAAAAACCGAACAGAAAAAACAGAAUUCAAAUAGGAAAUGUUCAAUUGAACCGUAGCGUGAUUACUAGUAUAUUAAGUGGAAAAUAGAAAAGCCAGCACAACGAGAGACGCAUGUAGCCUCCUAACGAAAACAGCUCAAGCCGCCAUCAUUUCUGGAAGACGGAUGCAUAUAUCUGAAAUAGAAUUAUAAUGAUGCUGUUACUGCAGAUCAAAUCAGAUGCAAGUUUACUGGCAAAAUAGUGUAUCGGUUCUAUCAGUCGAUAGACCCCGUAUGACCAUUAAGUGGAGGACCUUCUAAUGGUGGCGUAGGACCCCACCGUCUGCGGACGACGCAGACGGCCACAUAAACACAAACGCUUAGACAAACGAAAAGAAAGCAUCUUUUGUAUGCAUACACACAUAAACAUACACACAUAUUUAAACUCUCAAAAAGAUCGAAUGCCUCUGGAAUAGGUUUGCCCUGCCGAACUAUUUGGUGACCGGCUAAAUAAGGCUAACGCGCUUUUCUAAAAGGCCAGCAGGGACAAGCAGAGAGGGUGAAGCCCGUCAGACAUAAAAGAAGAUCAUCAGCUCGACGAAAACUCUCUUGCUUCAUGUCCUGGUGGUUAUCUUCAAUAACCACCAACUAUCCAUUCAACGAUCCAGAAACAGCCAUUAACAGUCGGCGAGGUAUUAAUUGACCCUGAUAUCUUCCGACAGACAGUUCCGGACCAUGCCAGUUCUUCUCGAUUUCGGCAUCGAGAACGUGGCCCUUUUUGAGGCUACCCACGUAAAUAGACCCGCAUCAGUGUUUUAGCAAUAACAGCAGCAGCAUCGGCACCAGAAAUCACCGCGCGUUGACAAUUUUCGAGCUACGCUCGGCCUGUCGGUGGUUGAUAAUCUGUGAUUUCCAAUUAGCGUUAUUACCAAUAUCAUCAUUAUUAUAAUUAUCACCAUUCUUGUGCCGCUCGUUUAUUGCGCACGUGAAAUAUUUGUGUGGAAGGGUAAAUGACUUAGUUGUGACGGAGGGCCCCGAAUCAGGAUUAUUUCGAAUUUGAUUUUUUGUGAAUUGUGCGCGUCUGCAUCUGCUUCCAUCGCGACCAUUUGAUUAAUUUAUCUAUUGAUCGAAUCAAGCAACCAGAAUUAGCACUCCCUCUCACUAAUAUUGCUAAUUAUUGCUAUCCACCAGCUCUACGGCUACCACUAGUAUUGUUACUACUACAAAUAAUAAAUAAAGAAUAACAAUAACAAAACUGUAUCGUAUCAUCAGGCUUCGACUCCGAUUGGUGGUGCCUCAGCUGGUUCAGAUGCUGAUAUACUUGGUCAUCUCUCUCUCUGCUCAUGGACAUCAGCAUACGAACUACUGGUAAAAAUAACCGUAGAGUGAAAGGCGAUUUCCCUGGAACAUAUGGUCGACACUAAUUGUCUUUUUAUUGUCACCCAUAAAUACCACUACAGUAAAGUAAAGCUGCUACUAGUCCAAUUCGACAAUUAGUCAGAUCCUUCUAUUAGGAAGAAUCGUUUGGUCGUACAGCAGACGUUGGAGUUAGUUACUAAUAGAAGAGCGGAGGAGAACUUAAAGCAAAUCGAAGAGGCAAACAUCAAAGGGGUCGUAGCGUUCUACGAUUCAGAGGAAGCGAAACUUUAAUAUAUAUCGCGACAUCUUAUGCCGAUCAACCAAUCGCUAACCAACGGCUGAUCGGCGUGGAGCUGCCCGACCGGCUAGGAAGCGCUUUCAUAUAGAGAAAACGCGCAAUUCAACGAAAUGACGAGGCCAGUUCGUCCUAGAAGCGUGUUACUACUGUUACUAUUAUUACUAGAAAAAGACGGAUACGAUACGAAUCGAAGAGACGAUCUAAAGGAAGACAGCAUAACGCCGCAAGAUGAUGGCUCCGCAAGGCAAGCAGACACCGAACUGCUGAAGCGGUUGGUGCAACUGCACAUACAAAAAGUCGGCAGCGGAAGCAGGCGCAGCCAGUGUAGCAACGGCGUCCGUCGACUUUGGCGUUGCUGACGCUGGCCGUAUCGUUUCCAAACAAAGAAAAAUAAAUAGACAAGGCGAGAAGGAGAGUCAACGCACAGCAGACACACACAUACGCACCCAUCCAUACAUAAACACACACACAAACGGCUAUAUGCGUCCACCGUUACUAUAGUGGACUUGUGCUAAACACAAAAGCAGUAACAGAAUAGAAGGACAAAAAACAGAGGAAAUCUGCCAUAAACGUGGUAGCCAAAUGAUACAAAAUAACUGAGGCGGAGUCUCUAGCUGCGGACGACGAAUCUAGGAGGACGCAACGACUCUCAAUAAAGAACAACUUAGAGAAGGAGGAGAGCAGACAAGCGGGCAAAAAAGAUGAGAUAGCGAGCUGGAAAGCUGUAAAUGAAAACGAUCCUCUACCAAUAAAACAACUAAACUCAAUUGAGCACGCUGCAUAGACAUAAAGCGCGCUCCGAAAGCAGGAAAGGAACAACACCACGCUACGAGCUAAUAAACCUAACAAACAGGAGAGUCCGGAACAGAACGAUAGACCAUACGAAGCAAACGAAAGGGGAUACAAAGAGAAGAACCGGAAAAACCAUCUAGCGAAGACAAUGCUAUUGUCGCAGACCGUCUCCUCAAGCAGGUUGCAGCCGGAACCACACAGUAUGGCAGUACAAAUCAGCUAGCACUAGAUUCAUUUUGCAAAAGAGGAAAGCACACGACACGGAAAUUAGGACGAAAAAGAAACAAGGGCACACGAGGAAAAAGCGUCAUGAGCCGAUAUGUACUGUUAGUAUCGAUUAGAGCUAAAACGUCUUCUCGAGCCAGCAACGAUCGCAAUCGUUGGCCCAGGCAGGACCUACCAACAACUCUGUUGCAUUGGCCGCACAGAUUGUCUCCCAAAAGCUAGGUUCUCCCUAUUACCAUCACCUUCUGCCAGAUCGCCCGAGGUGAUUUGUGAGCCUCCAAGAACCGAGGUUAAGCGACGAGCGCCAACGUGCUUCGAACAUCAACUGAGACUGAGGUCGACGCAAAAACGAUUUAUCCGCUCUUUCGGCUGAGGCCUCCGGAGGCGGCCCAGGAAGCCGCUACGGUGCGAGGCCAUCAGAUUCGCCUCUUCAGAGCCCUGGGGCAGUGGGCGUAGGCCAGUUCGACAUGACUAAAAAGAAGAAGGGAGCGGCGCGUGAGCCCGGGGAGAAAGGUCCCACGGCGCUCUUCUUAUUAUCAGAAGACAACCCGUUACGAAGAUGUACACGCUUUCUCAUCGAGUGGCCACCCUUUGAAUUUAUGGUGCUCGUCACCAUUAUCGCCAACUGUGUAGUUCUCGCCCUCGAAGAACAUCUGCCUAAGGGAGACCGAACGCCACUUGCUCAGAAACUAGAAGAAACAGAACCAUACUUUUUAGCAAUUUUCUGUGUUGAAGCAUCAUUAAAGAUUUUAGCGUUAGGACUUAUACUGCACAGCGGGUCGUACCUAAGAAGCGUUUGGAAUAUGAUGGACUUCGUUGUUGUUGCAUCAGGGCUUGUUACGAUUGUUAUACCGGACAACAUGGACUUAGAUUUAAGAACAUUACGGGCGAUCAGGGUUCUUCGGCCCCUGAAACUGGUGUCGGGUAUCCCAAGUUUACAAGUUGUGUUGUCGUCAAUCAUCAAAGCAAUGGCACCUCUGCUCCAGAUCGGUUUGUUGGUAUUGUUCGCGAUUGUCAUCUUUGCCAUCAUCGGUCUGGAGUUCUACAGUGGAAUUCUUCACAAAAGUUGUUACAGCUUAGAAGAUCCAACGGAUAUCGUUCCUGAGGGCGAACAGGAAACGCCGUGUUAUUCAUACGUAAUUGCCUCCAACGUACCAAAUGGUGCAUUCAAAUGUGACAAUAGCAGUUCGUUCUGCAAAGAAGGCUGGAAUGGUCCUAACUACGGAAUCACGUCCUUUGACAACAUAUUCUUUGCUAUGUUGACUGUAUUUCAGUGUAUUACCAUGGAAGGAUGGACGCAAAUGCUGUAUUGGACGAACGAUGCAAUGGGCAAUGCCUUCAACUGGAUCUACUUCGUGCCACUCAUUAUAAUAGGGUCAUUUUUCAUGCUCAAUCUGGUUCUCGGUGUACUCAGUGGAGAAUUCGCAAAAGAAAGAGAAAAAGUCGAAAACCGUCAAGCUUUCCUCCGCAUCCGAAGGCAGCAACAGCUGGAAAGGGAACUUGACGGAUAUGUGGAGUGGAUAUGCAAAGCCGAGGAAGUUAUCCUGGCUGAAAAACGCACCACUGAGGAAGAGAGACUGUACAUCCUUGAAGCCCGGCGCAGGUUCGCCGCCAAACGCGACAAAAUGAAAAAUAUGCGCGGAAAAUCCACUGAUGAGGAAGAAGAGGAAGAAGACGAGGAAGACGCUGAAGAUGAAGAAUCCGAAACAGGAGAAGACCAAACGUCUAGGAAAGGAUCCUUCCUAAAAACAAAUUCCAACAACCGCGGUGCUUUCGGGCGCGCAGAAAAGCGCUUUCGAUUCAUGAUCCGACGCGUUGUCAAAACGCAGCCCUUCUACUGGACCGUGAUCGUGCUUGUAUUUCUGAACACCGCCUGUGUGGCCGUAGAACACCAUAAGCAGCCGGAGUGGCUUGAGACCUUUCUAAAAUAUGCGGAGUAUGUCUUCCUGGGAUUGUUUAUAUCAGAGAUGUUAAUUAAGGUAUACGCGCUUGGACCCCACAUCUACUUCGCCUCGUCCUUCAACCGAUUUGACUGUGUGGUCAUCGCGGGCAGCAUUUUUGAGGUGAUCUGGUCGUCCUUCAAAGAAGGAUCAUUCGGUCUCUCUGUGCUGCGCGCCCUGCGUCUGCUCCGAAUAUUCAAAUUCACCAAAUACUGGUCUUCCCUCCGUAACCUGGUCAUAUCACUUAUGAAUUCGAUGCGGUCCAUCAUCUCCCUGCUGUUUCUGCUGUUCUUGUUCAUACUGAUCUUCGCCUUGCUCGGCAUGCAGCUGUUCGGUGGAGUCUUCAACUUCGCCGACGGCACCCCGCCAGCCAACUUCAAUACCUUCGCGAUCGCUUUGCUCACCGUGUUUCAAAUCUUGACCGGUGAAGAUUGGAAUGAAGUGAUGUACAGAGGGAUCCAGAGUCAAGGCGGAAUAAACGGCGGAAUGAUCUACUCAUUGUAUUUUAUCAUUUUGGUCAUGUUCGGUAACUACACACUACUGAACGUAUUUCUGGCCAUCGCCGUCGACAAUUUGGCCAACGCCCAGGAGUUGACAGCCGCCGAAGAAGAGGACGCGAUGGAGCAGCAAAAGCUUGCUAAGGAAGAACUAGAAAAAGAGAUGGCCGACCUUCAGAGGCAGAACGGGCCUCAGGUCAACAUCUGUCCCCCCUCCCCAUCGCAGGCCUCGAAUUCGGCUCAGGGUAAAAGCAGUGACCAAGAAACUAAUCCUGAAGGAGGAGACGAGGAUGAGGAGGCAACAGGCCCAAAACCAAUGCUACCGUAUUCGUCCAUGUUUAUCUGUUCUCCAACAAAUCCAGUUCGGCGAGCAGCUCACUUCGUGGUAAAUCUCGCCUACUUCGAUCUGUUCAUCAUGAUUACAAUCUCAAUGAGCUCAAUAGCUCUUGCAGCCGAAGAUCCCGUCGAGGAAGAAUCGGCCUCGAACAAGAUUCUAAACUAUUUCGAUUACGCGUUCACCGGCGUAUUCACGGUGGAAAUGAUAUUAAAAGUCGUGGACCAAGGGGUGAUCUUGCAUCCGGGCUCGUAUUGUCGAGACCUGUGGAACAUCCUAGACUCCGUCGUUGUCAUAUGCGCACUUAUUGCAUUCGCGUUUGCCGGGAGUUCAACCGGACAAAAUUUGAGUACGAUCAAAUCACUCCGAGUCCUGAGAGUCUUGCGACCAUUAAAAACAAUUAAACGAGUGCCUAAACUGAAGGCUGUAUUCGAUUGCGUUGUGACUUCACUAAAAAACGUAUUCAAUAUACUCAUUGUGUACAUUCUCUUCCAAUUCAUCUUCGCCGUAAUCGCCGUGCAGCUAUUCAAUGGCAAAUUUUUCUUCUGCUCUGACCACACUAUGCUAUACAAGAAAGACUGCCAGGGUGAAUAUUUCGAGUUCAGCGAUGCUCGAAAGCCGCCCAAGGUGAUGAAGCGGUUGUGGAAGCGUCAGGACUUUCAUUAUGACGAUAUAUCGGCUGCCAUGUUGACCCUGUUCACGGUGCAGACCGGCGAAGGCUGGCCCCAGGUACUACAAAACUCGAUGGACUCGACGGACGAGGACAAGGGCCCCGUGCCUCGAUAUCGAAUUGAGAUGUCUAUAUUCUAUAUCGUGUUCUUCAUCGUGUUUCCGUUCUUUUUUGUAAAUAUAUUCGUUGCGUUGAUUAUCAUCACAUUUCAAGAACAAGGCGAAAAGGAACUUGAAGAAGGAGAAAUAGACAAAAACCAGAAAUCGUGCAUCGAUUUUUCGAUUCAUGCCAAACCUCUUCAACGGUAUAUGCCCAAGAACAAAACCACCUUCAAAUACAAAGUCUGGAAAGUUGUCGCUUCAACGCCUUUUGAAUAUUUUAUCCUACUACUGAUUGUGCUCAACACUGUUCUACUUAUGAUGAAAUUCCACAAUCAACCACCACAACUCACGCGAGUUCUGCAUUAUCUCAACGCAACAUUCACAGGCCUAUUCACCGUUGAGUCACUUCUAAAACUUGUUGCCUUUGGAAUCCGGAACUUCUUCAAGGAUUCCUGGAAUACAUUUGAUCUGAUCACUGUGAUCGGGUCGAUUAUCGACGUACUCGUUGUCGAGUACGGAUCUGGACAAAAGGCUAUCGCCAAUUCCGACAUGGAGCAAACUCCACACCCAACUCCCCGAAAUUCCCUUCGUCAGCAAGAUGCUGAGAUAAGUUUCUUCAAUGUCGGAUUUCUCCGCCUAUUCAGGGCGGCCCGUCUCAUUAAGCUACUGAGACAAGGUUAUACUAUUCGGAUACUGCUGUGGACAUUUAUACAGUCUUUCAAAGCACUGCCUUACGUCUGCCUUCUUAUUGCCAUGUUAUUUUUCAUCUAUGCCAUUAUCGGCAUGCAGGUCUUCGGUAAUGUGAAGUUCGACCCAGACAAUGAGAUCAAUCGUCACAACAACUUUCAGAACUUCUUCCAAGCGUUGAUAUUGCUAUUUCGAUGUGCUACGGGAGAGGCGUGGCAGGCCAUAAUGUUGGCCUGCAUCAAGGGGCGUCCAUGCGACCCGUUAACCAAGAAAGAGACCAACGAGUGCGGGUCAAACAUCGCAUACGCCUAUUUCGUGUCGUUCAUCUUCUUCUGUUCAUUUUUGAUGCUGAAUCUAUUCGUGGCUGUGAUCAUGGACAACUUCGAUUACUUGACAAGAGACUCGUCUAUUCUCGGAGCCCAUCACCUCGACGAGUUCAUUCGAGUGUGGGCCGAGUACGAUCCAAACGCCACGGGGUACAUCCAUUAUACCGAGAUGUACGACAUGCUGAGGAACAUGGAGCCACCCCUUGGUUUUGGAAACAAAUGCCCUUACAGGCUGGCUUACAAGAAACUGAUUCGUAUGAACAUGCCGUUAACAGAGGAGGGCAAAGUCAACUUUACCUCAACGCUGUUUGCGCUGAUUCGGGAAAACCUGUCGAUAAAAAUGCGACCCGCUGAAGAAAUGGAUAUGGCAGAUAAAGAGUUGCGAGUCACCAUUCAGAAGCUUUGGCCACUUCAAGCUGAGAAGGUCACUGACAAACUAGUCCCCCCAGACUCAGAGCUGCGUACAGGGAAAUUAACAGUAGGCAAAGUCUAUGGCGGCCUUCUGAUUCUGGAGAACUGGCGAGCUCACAGGUUUCAAGUAUUUCCGGGAGCGGGAUUAUUCAAGGUGGAACAAAUGGAAGUAGCGGCAGCAACGCAGCAGCGGGCCAGCCACGCAGCUCAGACUCAGCAGCUCCAGUCAGGAUCGGAGUCGGGCUGUUCGCACGGUGGCCCGUCGAGUCAUCUCCACCCGGAGCGCAGUGUGAGAGGGCGGUCCCCGUCGCCGCGUCGCCGUGGCUCGUUGUCGCCUCCAGAACAACGCCCAGAUGGACGUCGGUCCUCUUACUUGCGAAGGCGAUCUCCGUCGCCUUCGCCUAGAAGGGGCUUAGCGGACGCAGUUAGCGAUGUCGUCGACAUGGUCAAGUAUGAAACCUCUCGGAGAGGACGAGCUAGGGCCCAAUUACACGGAGAUGAGUACUUCUCGUCACCACGUCGGUUCGAAAGAUCCCCCAGUCGACAUCGUCAUGGCCAACGGCACCACUGUCAUGGUACAAGCAGUAGGCAUACUAGCCCCGAAUACCGAACAACUCCUCUCAAUAGAAGAUCCCGCCCACCAUCGCCUGGUAGUCCUCAGGCUUUAUCCCAACAUCAUUCAGCGUUAGCGCAUCACCAUAGAAAACAACACUAUAGGACCCACACACAAAGUCACUACUACGGAACCACCGGCGGGGACCGGAAGUCGCGGUCGCCAAGCCCCGCGACAUCCGCCCAGAGUUUGCCGGUAGCACCGGGUAUCUUCGCAUUGGGCAGCGUUCGACGAGGACGUCGAUUGCCACCCACGCCCAAUAAACCCUCCACCCUAUUGCUGCUUAGGUCGGCCAACGUAGAUAACGUUGCGACGAACUAUCAACUUCCAUCUGUGGCGCUUUCACCAACGUUGGCGCACUAUCGCCACGCCGGAUCGAUAAACUUCCCAAAGGUCAGCGCUUCUCCAACGCGUUCGACCCCAUCCCACGUGACAACAUGGAGUAGACAUGAGCCCUAUCCUAGCUACCGAUCAGCAAGCACGCAGCCGCCAUUCUAUGGGGACCUGCGUCAUCUGCCGCCAACUCAGCAGCUGCCGAAUGGGUGCAAGCCAGGAGACCCUCUAGGAUCGAGUGCGGGAUUCUGGGGAGGGCACACCACCCACAAACCAAGGGACACCAUCAUCGCCGUGCACACCCCGCGCGGCUAUAACGGCUCCGAUGACGAAUGGUGCUGACCCGAGGACAGCGAAGAGGGAACGCUGCUCUGCCCGUUAGACCAGUUACUGUUUGAGGUCAGAUCGCCGUCGGAUCCGGAAGAAGUUUUCACAAACGACAGUUUCUCCUGAUUCCGCAUAGACAACUGACCACAUCAGCAAACGACAACAUCAUCGCUAUGGGAAACGCCCCGCAUGGGACCAGGCCACUCGCAUGGGGGCGAUUCUCCGUGGAAGAGGACCAUCUGUAAGCUCCCGACAAGCACGAAGAAGCAAGAGAAAAAAAAGAAAGCAAUUAAACAUAUAAACCGAGACUAUCUAUUGAUCUCUGUGUGUUUUGUGCUACUACUACCAAUGCUACUAAUAACUGCAAAUCAAUUCUCUAUAAAACCGCUCUUUCUACUGUAACUAAUUCUACCUCCUACAGCCAUCUCCUACUGCUACAUCAACGUGGACAACAGUGUUAAUAAACGGUGAUAUUAUACACAAAAGUGACUAAUGGACACCAUUCACUCUUGACAGACCAACCAAACUAAGGACAUAACGUAUUCGCCAUGAUAGAUGAUGAAACAAAUAAUAACAUCAUGAGUAUGAAAGGUGAUACAAUGACGAUGUAAUGAAUGAAGUUAUGAUUCAAGUUCCGAGUACGCCAACUACUUCUUGUCGCGAAUUUCCACCAGCAUCACAUCUCUCAUCAACACGGUUAUAUAUAUAUGUGCUGUACUGAUAAUGUUACGAAUAGUCAUGACGAUAACAUCACUAAGCCAUUUUUUUUACAUAACGCGUUUGGUAAUCUAUGUAGACAAUAAAAGGAAAAAUAACAUAAACCACGACUGCCGCACCUAUUCGAAUGGCGUGGCGCUCCUCUGACUGCUGUUGAUAUUAUGACAAUGAAUAAUGCAAAACAGAAAGAGGAUACGAGAGGGACAAGUUCUAUAGUGUUAGGUGAUGACGAUGUCUCGAAGGGCGUGGACGACUCUUCGUUCUUGUCCUGCGUGCACUAUGGUCUCACGGCCUUCGGGGAUUUUGACUUAAAGCCCGUCCUCGCAGUGUCCUCGAGCCGUAUUUUCUAGCAAGUGAUACAAGACCAAGGUACCUUAUAAGUGUUAAAAUUAUGUAUUUUCAAGCUACAGAAAAUGGUAAGAGUAACAAUAAUAGUAAGUAAAUAGGUGAUCGACCAUCAUGCAAGUAACGCUAUUUAUUGUAUCUAAGUAGUAUUCCUAAUAUCAUAAUAAUGAAAGUAAUAAGAAAAGAAAAAGUAUUGAAAUAAGCUGCUUUGCUAUAAAGACAGCACA